AUGGGAGAAAGUUCUGAACUUGAAGAAGGUGAGAUGGAUUGUUCUACUGGUGAAGCCGUUGUUGAUCUUGACGUUGAUCUCUCCUACAUUGACAAGAAGGUGCAGAGUGUACUUGGCCACUUUCAAAAAGAUUAUGAAGUGGGAUCUCCGGGCAUGGUUGGUCCAGAUAUCUAUCAGUAUGGAUCCUUUUUGCCCACUUACAAACGUGAGCCGGCGGUACCACCAUGUCAACGAGGUUCCUUUGGGAAUCAUGCCGUGCAAGGAUUUGCAAACAAUGUACCGGAGAAGAAUGUGGUUCAGAAGUUUCAGUCCAUGCCUGCUACAUCUUGUAACUUAGUAAGCAAGCAGGGUCCUCAGAACUGUCAAACGUCAGGAUCCCUUUUGGCUCAAGCUCCUGUAAAGGUUCCCAUAAUGAAAGCAAUUGCAAGUAUACCAGGCAAUGGUUUGUCUGAGCAUAAGCCGAUCAGGGUUCGGAUCAAAAUGGGCUCUGAAAUCUUGUCUCGGAAGGUCACAAUGGUUUGCAAAGAUCUUGGUCUCACUGAUUCUCCGAAUUCAACAUCCCGAACCAGCCAUGGAGAUGAUGGUAGUCGAAUGCUACCUCGUACAUCCCUGGAGAAAACAAGUGAAUCUCCUUCCUGCAUUCUGCGGGAAAUGACUGCCAUUCUCAUCCCAGAGGAUCUACUGAUGUCGCCUCUUCCUGAUAGUCUACUUCUUGUGAAAGAUAAGGAGAAGCAAUAUACUUUACUGGACAAGGCAGGAGAGGAACCUUCUAGUAAGUCACAAAACAAGUUCUCGGAUGUUUUAAGUAGUGGGGGAACUCCAAGUGGAAAGCGAAGGAAAGCGGUAGACUGCUUUGAUGCUACCACUCGGAAUGGUGUGAUGAAGAAGCAAAGAAUUUUUCCCACUGGUCAGCUAGCCAGGGAGAGCUUAGCUUGUGGUUUAGGUGGGAAAAGUUCUGCUGAUGGAUUUACAAAGAAAAGUAACUUGCAGAAAGGUAGAAAAAGGGAUGGGGAAAGUGGUCCACUUGUGGCAUCUGCCAUAUCAAGCAAAAUGAAGGUUGUUGGGAAACAUGCUGAGAAGGAGAAGAAUCCAUAUCCAACAAAACUGAAACAGAACAGCAGCAGUAUCGAUUUUGGUGAUAAAAUGUUACCAAAGACGCCUUUCAAGGAUGCUACAUAUAUCGGUCAAAAUAGCAUGGACAUUGGGCUUGAUUUGGCUGUUGCACCUUCUUCCACUAGUCUUGAUCUUGAUAACUGGGCCCAGUGUGAUAGUUGUGAGACAUGGCGGCUACUGCCCUUUGGCAUGAAAACUGAGCAGCUGCCUGAGAAGUGGUUGUGUAGCAUGCAAACCUGGCUACCUGAGAUGAAUCACUGUGCCAUCAGCGAGGAAGAGACAAUAAACGCUAUAAAAUCCUAUCAUGGUGGUACUCAGGCUCACGGUCCUGAGACUGGUGUUACAUUUCUCUCUGAUGCGAGUAAUGCUGAUAAAAGCUAUCAACCUUUAACCUCUGGUUCAUUUCCUAAUCCAAUUGAAAAGAAGUCUACCGUGAAAGACUUAUCAAGAAAUGGCCUGGUUGAUGCUGCAAAGCCUAUGAGAAAAAACCCACAUAUGAUUAAAAUAAAAAACAUAAAGCUGCCGCUAGAGCCACUUAAUGCUAGUCAGAUAUCCACAGACCUUGGUGUGCCACAGGAUUUUGAUCAGAAAAAGAUUGACCAGAAAGCGAAGUGGCGAACAGCAGGUAGUGGUAAUCAGAUUAUGAUCAAGAAGAAAACGGAGGGUGACCAUCAAGCAAGUGAAGGUUCCAAGCAAAUCAAGACUGGUGAUGGAAACAAACUCUUCAGAGAUAUAAAAGCAGAAGAAAUACAUUGGAAACAAGAUCAAGAUUGGACUCCUGCAGACAGAAAAAUUAAGCGUCAUGACAACGAUUUUUGCACUUCAGAUGUAGAGCGAGACUCAAAGAAAAGAUUACUCACAUCUAGAAAGAAACCUGAUCACAAACCUCAGCUGACAAAUGCUAGUGGCUCCUUGUGUACGAAAGCAAAAAAAAUAAGGUUGGUGGGUAACAAUGGCAACAAUUCAAAACUUUCUGCAGAUGGUGAGGAAAAACUCACCUCUAUGGAGUUUAAAGCAGACCAAAGAAAUGAAUUGUUUCAGUCAAAGCAGAAUGCUGAUGCCUCAUGCAGAUUCUUCUCUGGUGGAAGUGGGCAAGUUUCUGGGGUAGAAACAUCAAGCUCUUCAAAGGUCUUGGGAUCACAUAAAAGUGUUAGAAGAUGUGUGGAAGAAGCAAAAGCAUCCCCUGUUGAAUCAGUAUCCUCUUCCCCUGCAAGGUCUUCAUGCCCGAAAAGUCUUGCAUUAGCUGGAGAGCGCAUAUCUCGACAAAACCAAAACUUGAAUAGAAUACCCCUCUCUCAGGAAGCUGAUUGUGAGUCAACUCAUCCUGGAAACAGGAACCAGCCAAAACCAGAAAUAUGCAAACAGAACUCAAAGUUUGGUGAUUUGCGUUGCACAAGUAUAAAAAAAGACCUCGAAAAUAGAGCUGGGAUAGAGAAUUUCAGUUCCAUUAGUCAUGAGACUAUGGAUCGAUCCUCCCAGGGUGCAAAUGUUAUACUUCAAGAGGCUGAACAGCUGAGAACGUAUGCUGAAUGUUUGAAGAAUUCUAAAUUUGAUUACAAGGAGGCCCACUUUAUAGCGGCUCUAAAGUAUCUCCUUGGAGCUUCACUUCUAGAAAUGCAAAGUACUGAGAAAGUGGAAGGGGAGAAGAUGCGCCAUGUUGAAGCGUACCAUACUGCUGCAAAACUUUCAGAAAGCUGUGCCAGUCAAUAUGAAAUAAACCAAGAAAUGGCUGCAGCUGCUUUGGCCUAUAAAUGCAUGGAAGUGGCUUGCAUGAGGCUAGUGUAUGGCAAAACUCUAGGUCAGCAGAGUGGAGAAUGGAAUGAAUUGCAAAAAAUUGUAGUACAGAUCACUCCUCUAGGUGAAUCACCGUCAUCAUCUGCUUCUGAUGUCGAUAGCUUUAAUCAUCAAGGGGUGAUUGAUAAGUCUGCUAAAACUAAAAGAGGUCUUUCCCAUGUUGCUGGAAACAUUCUCCCUGUUGCUAUAACCCAGCUGAAUUUUGUGCCGCUACUGGACUUUACAGAGAACAUGAAUCUAGCAAUGGAAGCCUCAGCAAAAUCCCAAAAUGCUUUUAGAGCAAUGGCUGUCACCUCAGAAGAAACUCAGGAUGAAGAGCUUGUCUCUGCUAUCAAGAAAGUUGUCGAUUUCAGUUUCCAUGACGUGGAAGCGCUUGUACGGAUGAUUCAGCUUGCCAUGAAAGUUCUUAGUUGA